GGUGAUGACACUGCUUGGCGUUAUGACAUGCAACUGGAACGGGAAUGUCCUGAUCCGAUUACCGGGCCUGUCAUUGAAGUAUAAUUGCAUAGUAUUGUAAUACUUGCUCAGUCACCCUCUAUCUAUUUAAUCAUCAGUCUGUCGCAGGACAUGUCUUAUCUUUUUCUCGUACAAGCUGUCUACAGCGCUGGUCUAUGUCGGCCUCUCCUCCAACAGCAGCGGUUGAGAACUUCAAUACGUUUGUACCAAGUCAAGAUAAUGAUAAUGUGGACGAACGACAUCUUUCUCACCUUCACGGCGCCUCCGCGAUCAUAGACGACAACCUCGAGGACAAAAUUCUCGACCACCUCCAGCAGUUAGAGGAUGAAUGGCAACAUGACCCAGUCAACCCCAGGAAUUGGUCUCCGGCCAAAAAAUGGACAGCCACUACAAUCCUUGCACUCUACACAUUUGUGACUCCGUUAGCAAGUUCUAUCAUGGCACCUGGAUUGCCUGACCUGGCCGUAAAAUAUGGUAUAACUGAUCCAACAGUCACAGCCUUGACUCUCAGCAUCUUCCUUCUGUCAUUUGCUAUCGGUCCUUUAUUUACCGCACCAUUGUCUGAAGUAUAUGGUCGCGUGUGGGUCCUCCACUUAUCGAACCUCUUCUUUCUUGUGUUUAAUCUUGGCUGUGCUUUUGCACCCAACACUUCGUCUUUCCUUGUCUUUCGGUUUCUAGCUGGUUUCGCGGGGAGUGCACCCAUUGCAUGCGGCGGAGGCGUCGUUAGCGACCUCUUCUCCGAACGCGAUCGUGCCUCCGCUAUGGCACUAUACUAUGUCGGACCCUUGAUAGGUCCCGUUGUCGGGCCCGUCAUAGGAGGCUUCAUCGCAGAGUCGGUCGGCAUACAAUAUGACUUUUAUGUUGUCGUCGCGAUCUGUGGCGUCGCAACAGUGAUAGGCAUUCCUUUUCUAAGAGAAUCUUAUGCACCAAUCAUUAGGCUUCGUCGUGAAAAAAUGGCCACGGAUCUCGAAAAGGCACCUGGAGGACACUCCACCCUCACCACACACCCCAUGAAUGAAUGGGUUUACUUGUGGAUCAACCUCAAACGACCCGUCAUACUUUUGACCCGUAGUUUUUUAUGCUUCAUCCUCAGCUUAUACGUGGCUCUGAUUUAUGGUAUCUACUACUUGAUGUUUUCCACAUUCCCAGACCUCUUUUCGGAAGUAUACCACUUCAAUACCGGAAUCGGAGGUCUGACAUACAUUGGACUUGGCGUUGGAUUCAUAAUCGCCACCAUUUUCGGUGCCAAACUUUCCAACAAAAUGUACAUACACUUUGCUGCAAAAAACGGAGGAAUCGGUACGCCAGAGAUGCGCGUGCCCGCUCUAAUAUUUGGUUCGUUGUUCGCCCCAGUGGGACUAUUUUGGUAUGGCUGGUCUGCGCAAGCCAAGAUCCACUUCAUCAUGCCCAUCAUUGGUACCGGUAUCUUUUCGUUCGGAUUAAUGACAACUUUCCUCCCUAUUCAACUAUACCUCGUAGAUACGUUUACCUAUGCUGCAAGUGCAACUGCAGCGGCUUCUACGUUACGUUCACUAUUUGGUUUCGCAUUCCCUCUCUUUGGCCAACAGAUGUUCGCAGUACUCGAUUAUGGCGGGGGAAACUCCCUUCUUGCAGGUCUUGCCAUCAUCAUCGGUAUACCAUUCCCCAUCUGGAUAUAUUACGCUGGCGAACGAAUCCGUGCCAACAGCUCCCUAGCUCGUUGA